AUGAGAACCACCAUUACUCACAACAACCUUCAACUGUCACCACAAUCCACCGGUGUCGCCUUUACCGAUUCCACCACGCCUCCCUCUAUGUCUUCUUCUAUAUAUAAACGUAUAUUCAAAUCGAACAGGGGAUUGUCGUUUCUAACAUUCAAAUCGAACAGAAUCGCAGACGGAGGAAAGAAAAGAAACUUGGUAGUGACAAAACUGUAUAAGGAACUGGUGUUCUCUUUGGGGAAAAUGCACAACCAUGGAUCUGUUGAUUAGGUCGCUGGCAAAUUAUAGGGUCACGGUUCAGAGGCUACUAAAAAACACAAUGCUGCUAAAUAAUCUUGUCAACUAAGAUGUCUCAAAACAUAGAAACGAAUCUUUCAAAUUCCACAGUUUUAGCGGGACAAGGUGGAAGGCUUAUGGAAAAUAGAAUAGAUGAUGUAUUUGUUUUAUAGAAAAAUAGUAGAUGGUGAAAAUUGGCAAAUGAUGGUAUUGAAAAUGUACAUUUUUAGGAGAGAGAUAGAUACAGGUGAUGUAUAAUCAUGGGCUGCUUGUACAUAUGGUUCUAAAAUAAACACAAGGGUGAAAUUUGUAUAUUAUAUACGGUUAAAUGUCAACAUUUACGUGCUG